CCCUUUUCUGAGAACACAAAAAGCCCUGUCUCAGCCUGAUACCUCACAGGCAGCUGUCUCUAUUAAAGUUGCUCCAGGCUGCACACUUCCCUUUUGGAGUGAGUUCCUCUGCAGAGAUGAAGUUAGUCUACUUUUACUUGUUGAGCUCAAUCGUACCAGCUUUUCAUAAUGUUGGGGCAGUGGAAGAUAAAACAGAGGAAAUUCAAGAAGAAGAAAAAUUUGCUUCUGCUUGUCCUGUGAGCCUGGAAGCAAAGAAACAGUGUGAGGAAGGAGAAGAGUGUCCUUACCAGAUGAACCUGCCUUCCCUGACCAUUCAGCUACCAAAGUCAUUCAGCAUGAUUGAGCAGGUAUUCAAAGAAGUUCAGAAUCUCAAGGAAACUGUAAAUAACCUGAAGAAAUCUUGCCAAGAAUGCAAACUGCAAGCUGAUGAUAAUCAAGAAAUAGGAAGAAAUGAACAGCAGCAACCUAACAAAGAAGCCCCUGAAAAGGAAAGUGACAACAGAAUUAAGGAAUUAGAGAGUGAAGUUAAUAAGCUAUUUUCCAAUCUGAAGGAUGCAAAAGAGGAAAUAAAUUCACUUCAUGGUCGUCUGGAGAAGCUAAGUCUUGUAAACAUGAACAACAUAGAAAACUAUGUGGACAGCAAAGUGGCUAAUUUGACAUCUGUGGUGAACAGUUUGGAUGGCCGAUGUUCAUCUAGGUGUUCCAACCAAACAGAACAGCAUUACACUUCCGCUGGUAUUCAACAACAUCUAAUAUACAAAGACUGUGCUGACUAUUAUAAGAAAGGCAGAAAGAUCAAUGGAAUCUACAGAGUCACACCUGAUCACAAAAAUAGGAGCUUUGAAGCUUACUGUGACAUGGAAACCAUGGAUGGAGGUUGGACAGUAAUACAGAGACGUCUAGAUGGAAGUACUAACUUCAACAGAACGUGGGAGGACUACAAAAAUGGCUUUGGAAACCUUAGCAGGGAAUUCUGGUUAGGUAAUGAUAAAAUUCACCUUCUCACCAAGAGUAGAGACAUGGUCCUUAGAAUUGAUCUUGAAGAUUUUAAUGGGGUCAAAUUGUAUGCUCUGUAUGAUCAGUUCUAUGUAGCCAAUGAAUUUCUCAAAUACCGUUUACAUAUUGGUAAUUAUAGUGGUACUGCCGGGAAUGCUCUGCAUUUCAGCAGACAUUACAACCAUGACAUGAAAUUUUUCACUACCCCAGACAAAGACCAUGAUAGGUAUCCCUCUGGAAACUGUGGACGUUACUACAGUUCUGGUUGGUGGUUUGAUGCGUGUUUGUCCGCAAACUUAAAUGGCAAAUAUUAUCACCAAAAAUAUAAAGGUGUCUUCAAUGGAAUUUAUUGGGGUACCUGGCCUGGCAUGGCUAAUGGCCAUCCAAAUGGCUUUAAACAAUCUUUCAAGAGGGCAAAAAUGAUGAUUAAACCAAAAUUCCUUGUAUCAUAAAUUAUUGCUCAUUCUAUCAGAUUUUCAUCUAGUAAUUUUCCACAGCAUUUUCCUUUCCUUCCUGACUCUCCUUUCCUCUCUCCUCUUCCUUUCCUCUUCCCCACCAGUCCCAACUGCUUUGCAAUAAAAUGCUUCCUUUGCAUAAUUUGAUAUUUUCUCCCAGUUAAUCUUUACAUCUUUCCAUAAUCAAAAAUAUAUCUCAAUUGAAUGAAUUUCAAAAAGUAAUUUUAAAUAAGACUAAAAAUUAUGGUAAUGACUUCUUGCAAAAGCCUUAAGGUUUUUAUUGUUGUUGCUAUUAUCCAAAUGUACACUUGGAUCCAUGGCAUUUAUAUUUUAAUUCAGUUAUAUUAACAAUUCUAUUAAUAAAAAAUUCUCAAUUAAAUAAUCCCUCAUGUAGACAGUAACAUUAGUAGCUAUAUUUUUGACAAUUAAAACUCUUAAUUUCUUCAUCCAAAUGGCCUAUUUUAACACAAAUAAGCUAUACCUGGAUAUAAUAAGUUAGACACUUCUGGUGUGUACAAACCUUUUUAAGUCAUAAAUUAUAAAACUGAAUAAACUGUGAUCCUGGUACUCUUUGUUUUCCCAUGUGUCUAACAUAUAUCCUGGAAUUUUCUCACUCAAGUAAGGCCUGACUCUAUGUCUAUUAAAUAUCCUCAUAAAAAUUACUAAGCAGUCUUAUUGACCAUAUUUUUCUAUGUAUUGUUAAGAAAAAAUAUUCAUAUUGUCAUAUGAAAAUAUCUCCGUGUUUCUUAGAAUUUGCAGUCCAUAAAGGCACUUGGAAAUAAUAUAACUUAGCAAUCACUGUUUAAAGACAAUAUGUUCACUGUUCAUAAACUUGUUAGAUGCUUGAUACCAAAAACUGCUUUUAACAUUUAAAAAAAAGUGUUUCCUCUGUUCAUUAUGCACAAUGGUUUCUUAUUUAAGGUUGCUUAUUUGUGCCAGACUACUGGUAGAGGGUUUUUUAAAGGGAAGCGGAAAAUGGAAUAUUUGUUUGCAAGUCAAAAUACUCUGAAGGUCAAUUUUCUUUCUUUGUGAGAUUGUAAUAUAUUGUUUUAUCACAAAGAAAAUUGCUUUCUAAAAUUGUUCCUAAUAUACUUACCACAGGUAGUUCAGUUGAGAUUUGCUAAUUGUGACCUAUAUAUUAUUUACCCAUGAUGGUUAUAUCAUUUGUUUCCAAAAGAGAAAGAAAAAAGACACACUCUUGAAUCUUUAUUAUUAAUUAAUUUGUGACACAUUAUAUCACACUAUAUGGAUUUGUAAAAAAGAAAAGGAUGCUCAAGUUAACUAUUGUAGAAAUGGCAUAUAUUUGGAAGGUCAACAGUGAUCUAUGAAAUGUACAGAGUGCCCAAAAAAAUCUGGUGUACAAACCUUUUCAAGUCAUAAGUAUGCUACAAUGAAUUUUUUUUAAAACCUCUAUUACAAUUGAAUCAGUCUAAACACAUUUACUUUAAAAAAUUUUCAGUGUCUCUAAUCUGGUAGCAAAGUAUUCAAAUUAUGUUAAUAAAGCUCCAUAUUUUGUUCA